AUAGUUGAUGGCUGUCAUCAAACGUCACAAAUACAGCGACCAAACUACAUAUUAUCUAUUGAGUUUUCAGUCUACUGAACAGUGAAAUCAAUCAUAUAAAUCAGCCGACGAAAUCAAGCAAAAAAAAAGUUAUACAAAUAAAUAAUCUGGGUGCAACAAAUAUGUUUGCACUGUUUUCGUGCAACUAAAGGAAAAUGUCGAAGGCUGUGAAAAGGAAAGUUAGUGUAGAACUUCAAAAACCAUCAUCAAAGAGUCGGCUAAGUGUGUUUGAGCGUUUGGGCACCAAAAAAUCCAAAUCACUUUCGGAAUCGUUAUCGGCGGCGGUGAGUAUAACCACGAAACCAAUCAAGCCGGAUGCCGUUGAAUUGGAAGAUGCUGACCCGGAUAUUUUAGAGAAGAAGCGUGAAGAAAUCAGAAAAGAGCUUCAGUUGCAAAUGAAAAUGGACUCACGGCGUAAACGAAAGCAUGCCGAAUCAAGUUCCAGCUCCUCAUCAUCAUCGGGCAGCGACAGUGAAUCAAGCAGUUCAACAUCAUCAUCUAGUUCAUCCGAUAAUCGGCACAAAGCGCGGAAAUUGAAAAGCAAACGCCGUGAUAGCUCAUCAUCCGACGAAUAUGCAAAGAAAUUGGCGAAAAAGAAGCGUGCAUGCCAGAGCAAAAAGGAGGUGUUAAAAUUGCAUAAAAUUUCGAAGAAGCAUGAAAUUGUUUCCGUGUCACGCAAGGCUAAGAAACGUUCACCGUCUCCCCAGCCGCUAGCCAAGAAACAUCGAACUGACGUUUCGGAUAAGCAUCAUCGUAUUCGCGAAAAAGAAGUCGUGGAACGGAGUGAACUGUUGCAACGCAGUGAAAGGGAGCGAAUGCGAUUGAGAGAGGAACGGAUUCGAAGUCGUAGCCCAAAAAUUGAGCGGACAAGAUCACGUACGCCAAAACGGGAACGAUCGCCUGUGUUGCGUCGAUCGCCAUCUGACAAACGCAACCGUUCGUUAAGCCGACGAAUGAUUGAUAGUGAGCACGAACGAAGAGAAAAAGAACGUGAAAUUGCCAGGGAAAAGGAGCGGCGCGAAGCAUUGCUACGAUGCCAGGAGAGACAGAGAGAACGCGAACGAUUGGCAACAAAAUCGGAUUCCAAGAGUCAACGGCUGCUACCAAGACCAGCCGAAAGGGCAAUGGCACUGGCUGCUGCACAGGAGCGCAACACGGAGAAAGAGGUUGGUUACGGUACCAGUAAUCGUAGUAGUUUCGGCGAACGAUCCGAAUCGUUCGAGCAUCGUCGACACGAUAAAGAUGCAAGAGAACACGAUCGCUCAACGUACGACAAAUAUGACAGCCACAGCCGAAGAGAACCAACAGAAUAUCAGCAUAGUUCGAGCUAUCGCAGAGAGUGGCACGACGAGAGCUCAUCAUCAAAAGACAUUUAUGAACGCUCAACCGAACAUCAAAGCACAACACGCGAUUGGGCAGAUCACAAGCGCAGUGAAAAUGUUCGUGCCGGUGGCGAUUAUUCGGAUCGCAAAGAAUGGAAUGAAAGUACACCGAAAUGGGCGGACACUAGAAAGCCACCCACAGAAAAGUACGAUCGAAGAGCAAAUGAUUAUGCUCCGCAUACAAGCGGAGGUCGCGGUUAUUCCGAACGUUCCGAAUCGUUCGAUCCAAAUUCAACGAGCUCUGUGUCAUCGAAACCCAUCGCUGGCAGCAGCAUCCGAGGACGAUGGAAUAGCAGUUGGCGCGGAAGAGGACGUGGCAGUCAUCAUAGCGACUUUCGCCGGCCCCAUCAUCAUCACACGGAAAUACUAGAAGAACGUGGCGAAAUCUACCGACGACACAUCAAUCCGCAGGGAACAAGUUUGACCACCAAACCAGGAACAGCGACAAAGCCAUCUUCAGAGAAUCAGCCAUUGACACCAACCGAAAAAUCAAUCAGCGAAGAUGGGGCAAAAUCCACAAAUCCUGAUGAAAAUCCAGACGGUGGUGAAGAGAUUGCCGACGACGAUCUAAGCGAGAUUAGUGAUGAGGCCGAUGAUAUUUUGGGUCAACAGGAGGACGCAAAUGCCAAGACACAACCGAAGCCAGUCGAAUCUACUGCCGAAAAGUCGAUAACCGAAGAAUCAAAAGAGAGCACAACACAAUUGGCUAACGAAGAAAAAAAAACUGCUGAAAAAUCGAUUGACCAGAAUGAUUGUGCACAGCAAGUGCGUGAGAAUCUAACACCAGCAAAAUCGCCCGAAGAGGCCACGGAUCGUUCAAAAGACUUGAGUGACGAUAUUGAUUUAGAUUUCGAAGAGAUUUCGGACGGUGAACUGGAGGAAGAGGCGCGUACUAAAGGCCUUGGCGAUGCUUUAGGUGUCGAUUGGGCCAGUUUAGUCGAAGAGUCAAAGGCAAUGAUGCGUGAGAAAUUGACCAAAUCCGAGACAUCUGCCAAACAGCGUUGGCAUCCCGAUCAAAUUUUACUGGAUGUUGGAAUUUCCUACAAAAUGGCUGGCACUGCUUUUGCUCAACAGACACUCAUUGCCGCCCAUGAGAAUGUAAAGCGUGAAUUGAAAAAUGCAGCAACGAUAAAAACCGAACCAGAUGAUGACAAUUCCACCAAUCACAUGGAUGUGGAUAUUAAAGUGGAAAAUGACAUCGACGACAAUGACACAAAAGAAACGAAAGUCAAUGGAAAAUGCGAAGACAGGCCAAUUGAAAAAGAUGAACGCAAAUUGAUUUUGCAUCCUUUGCCAUGUGUUCAAACAUCAGUUCAAAAUUUCGCUGACAAACAGCGUAAGCUGAUUUUCAAAGCAUCUGGCCCGUACAGUCGUGGUCUGUGUACGAAACGAGACAUUGAAAUGCGCAGACAAUUGUGCAACUUGGCAAUUAAUGAAAGCAAUUGUAAGUCGGUUAAUACCAGAACGGGCUACGAGAAUAUUGCAUUGAAGCUGUUUCAAAAGGCAAUGCAAGCCUAAGGUAUGAUGCAAUAGGGGGGACAAGUCCAUCAAAUUACUCAUCAAAAUUAGUUACGAAUUUAAGACGAAUAUGCGUCUUAUAUUAUUCUGAAUUACUCAUAUACGCACACACAUAUAUAAGAAAUAUCGUCACCAUUGGGCUGUCCAUUUGGGCUACAAACGGAAUUGUAGGAAUAUCUGGAUUAAAAAUAAAAUAUAUCAUGUAUCAAGCAUUAAUAAAAUCAACAAACGAUCAAACAA